AUGACAGCAACUACAAGUUCAAAUUCAUCUCGAUUUACUUCAGAAAAACGUCCUCCAGUUAUGGCAACUCGAAGAGAUGAGAGAUUUAAGAAUUUUCAUUCUUUCGAUGAAAUUACUGAAUCUGAAGAAGAAGAUGUUCAGGUUGGUUUGGUUUUUUCUAAACUGCAAAAAAUUGUUUUCAAAAAAUUCAUAUUUUUCUAUGAAUUUAAUCGUCUUCAGUUCCGCUUAUUUUCUUUUUAUCUUGAUUUUAAAUACUCAUAGAAAGAUAUAACUUGAGAUAAUUUCUGCCAAGAUUUUUUGCUUCUUUAUUGUCUAUUUUGUUAUUUACAUUCUCCAUCCAUCCAUUUUUUUUCAUCUAGAAUAAAUAUACUUAAUUUUUGAUGCUCAAAAAGAAUGAAAAAAGAUAAAAAUCUGGUUCCUUUUUGCGUUUGAAUGAAAAUGAAUGUGUAGCCAGCAAAAAGCUUUUUUAUGUGAGGUUUUUGGCUAUUUUUUGGGUGUGAAAAAGUUCAAUAGUUUAUUUCAGGAGCCAACAAGCAGUAACAGUUCGACAACUUCCGAAAGAUCACCGUAUGCAGUUUAUGAGCCAAUUGAUAAGUCUCUUAAGACAAGAAGCUUUUCAUUGACUAAUAAUCCAUUCUUAUCACCAAAAGCUAUGAGGUAAAUAUGGGUUUAAAGUAUAAAAAUUCAUAAAUUCAAAAACUCAAAAACCAAACAAUUUUUCAACUCACACAAAAAUAAUCCAAAAUGUAAACUUCCAUCUUUUGAAAUGAAUUUUGAUCUAUUUUGAAAGUGAAAAAGAAAAAGAAAAUGAAAACAAAUAAAAAAAGUAGCAAAAGAAAAAACAAAAAGAUUUACUGUUUCAAAUUCUAAAAAUAAUUUGUUUUUUGUUCAGACACAUUUCAACUCAUCGACUUUCUCGCGGGAUUUCUGAUCCAGUUUCUCGACGAAAAUCAUCGCUACCAACAAUUUUGUCGUCUUUCGAACCAUCGAUUGAUUUUCUGAGUCUUCCACCGAUUCCAGAAGCAACAACACCAGCAUCACCUUCCGCAAAUAAUUCUAACCCAUUUGUAGCCGGGUCUCACAAAUAA